UUUCGGGCUCCCAGACCCCCCAAGAUCCCCGAGAUCCCCGAGACCAUCCCCGCUCCCACAUACCCAUUAGCCUGGUGGUGGGCCUGGUACCCAAACCUAUUUCUGUGCUUGGGCUACAGUCGCAUUCGCGAUUCCGUCGUCAUAGUGCUCGGACCGCUGGCGCAAGAUUAGCAGAUUGGCAGAACGAUGUACCUGGCGCUUAGCAGACGUUGCAUUUCCAUUAAUUGAAUUCGCAGGCCGCCACCCCAUUUCGAACCACCCAAAAUGCGCCCAUCCAAGUUGCAAAAACGACAAUAAUACGCCAAUGAAUCUAAAAUCACUGCAAUACUCAUUUAACAAACGAGAGCCUAAAUGACAUGGCAGAGAAACGUCUAUUGCUGGAUCCAUCCACCUCAGAGUCGGAGGAGCCGGAAGUACACAUGACCCGACGGGCAGGAGGAGUGCUCCAUGCCAUCCAGCACCGACCACUUCCGGUUAGCAGGAAAUCGGUGCUCGGACUGCUGGUCUCCUUCACGUUCUGCUACUUUCUAAUCGGCCGGACCGGUUGGGUGAAUGUCCUCGAUCUGGAUGUCCUGCACUCGGAUAACUACGUCACCGUGCAGCAUCAAUCGACGGUGAUGGAUGUUGAACCUGAGCCCAUUACUGAGACUAAUCCAUCUGUCCCGAAAGGCUUCCUCGUGUACAGCAACUCCUGCCGCAUCAUGGAGGUGGAUCCGUACAAGAACGAGGUGAUGCGGCACUUCAAGCGCAUCAAAUACAAGUCCUGCCAGAAAUUGACACCCCUGACGCAGGUGAAAUUCGAGGCAAAGUCUCAAAAGUACCUGCUCAGCAUCGAUGGAGCGGCCUUCGGUCGCUACCCGGUGGGCAAGCAGCUCCAUUGCUGCUACAUGUCGGUGCAGCGAGUGGACGAGAUGAAGGUCAAGUACACCAAGUGUCAAACCUUCAAGGGAAGCAUCCUGCUGCCCGAUUCCGCCGAGGGCAUCAUCGUUAAGUGCGAUUCAGGUGGCCGUCAGAUCUAUAUCAAUGGCCAUGCGACGGUUCCCGUCAAGGAGGCAGUGCAGCAACGAUUACGAAUGGCGUCCGAGGCCGACGCCAAGGGCUAUCAGAGACCUCCGAGCGUCUUGAUGCUCGGCAUCGAUAGCAUCUCCCGUGUUAAUCUUAUCAGAGCCAUGCCCAAAACGGCUCAGUAUCUCUACGACAACGGAUGGUUCGAACUGGCGGGCUAUAAUAAGGUGGACGACAAUACAUUUCCAAAUAUCAUGGCUGUGCUCACCGGCUACAAUCUGCCCAAUGCCAUGCACGCGUGCUCGCCAUUCGUGGUUGGUGGCCUGGACAAGUGCGACUACAUCUGGAAGCAGUACCAGCAGAGGGGCUACGUGACCGCCUACGCGGAGGAUGCCGUCAAGAUCAACACUUUCAAUUACCUAAAGAAGGGCUUCAAGAAUCCGCCGGCGGAUUACUACUUGAGGCCAUAUCUCUCCGCCGCCGAAUCACAGCUGGAUCACACGACGGUCAAUGGUCUGGUGCACUGCCUCGGCUAUCUGACGGCGGCGGAGCAUGUGUACGACUAUGGGCUGGAGUUCACCAGGAGGUUCCUUAACGAGACAUACUUUGGAUUUUUCUGGACCAACACGCACAGCCACAGUGACAUUUCGCAGACCAGCAGUAUGGACAGCUAUAUGGAGGAGUAUCUGCGGAAGCUUGUGCGCCAGGGCACCAUGGAGAACACGGUGGUGGUGUUCUUCAGCGAUCAUGGCAUGCGGUUCGGACCGACGAGGGCCACCUGGUCGGGUCACUUGGAGGAACGUUUGCCGGCCAUCUUUAUUUGGUUACCCCAACACCUGCGUCGCUCACAUCCACAAUUUGUGCGUAGCCUCCAGCUGAACAGGAAUCGCCUGACCACGCCCUACGACCUACACCUAACCAUGAAGCACAUACUGGCCAUAUCCGGGCGCGCUGAAAUGGAAUCGUUAGGUCCGGCACCCGAUUGCCCGCAAUGCCAGAGUUUACUGACCCCCGUCUCGCCGCAAAGGAGUUGCUCCGAUGUGGGCAUCGCGGAUCACUGGUGCACCUGUUGGGAAUACGACACCAUAUCGAGCACCUCGAAGGAGUCGCGGAUGCUAGGCAAGCGUGUGGUCAGCUAUCUCAAUAACUAUGUGGCCGAGUUCCGAAACGGCACCUUUGCCAAGCUAUGUGCCCCCCUCUCCCUGCACAGCAUCAAAUCCGCGUUCCGGGCGCAUCACAACGCCCUCGAUCCGGAUGAGGUGCACACCUAUCGACUGAUCUUUGUCACGUCGCCCAAUAAGGGCCAGUACGAAGCCACGUUGCGACACAAUCACACGGAUGACUCCGUAAAGGUGACCGGAUCGGUGAGCCGAUUGAAUGUCUACAGCGGAGAGGCGGAUUGCAUGAAUGAUUUUGCUGCCAAAAAAUAUUGUUAUUGCCGAAAGAAGAAGGGAUAGAUAUAUCAGGAUUAUAACUAAGGCUAGUGCCCAAGUGCCGUUACUCAGAUUACGAUCUAAAAGUACAAUUAACUUAAUACUAUACAAUAGAAAUUCUUCCUCUCUCUAUGCCUAAAAGUAUCUGGAUUAGCCCCCAGUAGAAAGUAUACUCAAAAUUGAACUCCCUACGCUUCAAAGACUUUUGUGAUUACUUUACACAAUUAUAACCUCUUUAUUAUUCUUGGGGAGUUUCAGACACACACUUGUAAAUGAUUUAGAUAAGCUUUGUUGUCGCCCUUGUAAAUAAUUUCUCCCUGCUCCAAGAGACUUUUGCCAAG